AUGAAAGAGAAACAAGAGUAUGCAGAAACGACUGAAAAAUCGAAAGAAUCCUCCAUUGAUGAGAAGUCCCCUCCAUCAAAUCAAUUUAUCAAGUUAUUGGCUCCGUCCGUAGCAGGUCAACCUGGCUAUCCUAACAAGUUCCAUGUCACUGCUCAUUUGAAAUUACUUUAUACCUUUAGGAAAUUGAAGGAGAUAAUUAUGAACGAAGCCAACUUAAAAAGUGAAAAGGCUGAAGAGAAACAUUGGCAGUAUUAUGUCACUUUGGCUACUAGAAGAUUCGCCAUAUUCCUUAGUUCAUUGAAACUUAAAUUCCCUGGGAAGAAUUAUAUUCCAAAAGAACAACAGCUUUUCAACCAAUUCAUGGAUGACUUAUUACCUCCUUUAGAUAUACUCCUUGUUUGGCAUUCGUUCAUGUUGAACCCCAAGAGCUUCAUUGACAAUAUGCUCUACAAUGAGAUGGAAUAUUUCUUGAAUUACCCAUUUCCUUUGAAAUCGAUUAAUGCUGCCAUAUCUAACAUGACUUUUGAUUAUAUCCCUCCCAUUGAUAAGAGUGAUAAUUUCGUCAAAUUGAUCAAUGAAGGAAUGGAAGCUUUGGGAUUGGAGGAAAGUUUUAACUGCAACAGCUACGAUGGGAUUGUUCUCAAAUAUAUUCACUUCCCAAUCUUCUGUCCUUGUGGAAAAUUUUUGACCAAUGCCAAAAUAAGUAAUGGGAAUUUUGGAUUUGCUGAUACAGCUUUUCAAACGAGAGAUUUCAAAUUUUGUGGUUGUGUUACAGGAGAUACUUUGACCAUGGAUGAAUUGAGAAAGAGGAAACUUGUUGCUGAUUGCAAUAAAUCAAAGUCUUUACCCUCAACAAUCAAAUUUUAUGGAUACCAAUGUAAUAAUGUCAGAACUAUGUAUCAGCAAAGUGUUGACGCUUCAAUUAAGAGGGAAUUCAAGCACAAUCUCAUGCAACAUGACCCUUUCAAGAAGUUCAUAAUUCAAAAGUUCAAGGCUGAGAGUAUCACGAACUUGGAUAUGAUGGUUUUGAGAGAUUACAUCGAGCUUAACCCUAUUUCAUUCACUAUCCCCCAAAAUGGAAUAACCUUCCAAGUCCAUGAAGAUUUGGUUGCCUGUGUUUUGAGACAAGAAAGAUUUAUUGACAAAAUGAUGAACUUGGAUUGGUUAAGAUCACAAUUCGUUGAAUUGACUAUAGUUGAGGCAUCUAAUCGGUACCACAAGUUCUUCCAGUUGAUGAAAAAAUCACCACAUAUUAUUGUUCCCACUUUGGAUAUCGAUUUGGUUUGGCACACUCAUCAAUUGCAUUAUAGCUCAUAUUAUGCAUACUGUUAUGAUAUUGCUGAAAAUUUCAUUGAUCAUAAUGAUAAAAUCGAACAAGGUAGAUUAGAUGACUCGUUUUCGAAAACUUGUAAAUUAUACAGGAGAAAAUUCAGAGAAGAUUAUUCGAUUUGCAUGUGCCAAUACUGCUCAGCUCAUAGAGCACGUCUGAGAACAAUUUUUUCCAAGUCUUCAAAGUCUUCCAACCCAGUAUCUUUGAUAUCAAAUGGGUAUGAAAGUAUCCACCAUAUAAGUUAUCAUAAUGUUACAGAGAGCCCUACCGAAAGAGGUCAGAAAAUUGCUACAAAAAGACGUUAUGAAAAAGUAUCAUUGCCUUGGCAAACUGACGCCCUCGUAGAUCAAGGUAAUUACGUCAAUAAUCCUUAUAUUAACUUCAAUCCAAGCGACGAAGAUCAUGCGAACUUCUACAAGAAUGGAAUUUGUGGAGCCGUUAUCGAUAAGUCUAGUGCUUGCGGAGGCUUGAAAGGUAGUUGUGGUACUUAUGUCCAGAGGAAAGGAAAUAAAGGACGUUGUGGUGCUGGUGGUUGUGCUUCCACUGGUAUAGUCGCUGUCCCUACAUAUUGCGGUGCUUAUUUUACAUCUGGUGGGUCGGGUUGUGGUUCCAGCUGUGGGGGUUCUGGGAGUGGUGGUUGUGCAAGUGGUGGAGGUGGUUGCGGUGGAGGUGGUUGUGGUGGUGGUGGUGGUUGUGGUGGUGGUGGUUGCUAA